AUUGUCGUCAACGUCGUCGCUAAGCAAUUUGUGCGAGGAGGCUGACAGGAAUGGCGGGACCCGAAAGGUGAAUGGUGGCUGUAAAAAGACCUGACCCACCAGCAGACGACCAUGAAAUAUCAGGUGCUUACUCGGAACAGGUCAAUGGUGAGCCUUCCGGAGGCAGAACACCAGGUGGCCAUAUUGGAUGCCAAAGAGGACCUAGCAAGGACGCAGCAGGCCGUCCAAGAAUGGCGGAAUAACAAAGUGUUAGAACAAGGUAACGGUCAGGACUCGGAGAAGGAUAGCAGGACAACAAAGUCGUAUACAAACUGUAACCUAAUUGAAUCUGAUAGCAAAACAUUUAACAUUCAAAAUAAUCUCUCAUGGAAAAAUGGCAAGGAGUUCCGACCUCUUAGAGUGACAGAAAUCCUCAGCCAGCCCAUCCGGAAAUGUUUCUCCGAGUUUCAGUUGUGUGGUGACCGAGGGCUUCUAGGUGAAGCCGGGGUCAGCGUUGGCGAUAUUUUCCAGGAAGCUUCCUUACUGCUUUUAAAGGGGUCAUCGAACACAAACGCCGCGGCUAAUAUGAUGCGAUAUUUGAAACCCUUGGGAGCGGAAACUAAGCACUACACGACUCCGAACCAGUCGGCCAAGAAUUCGCCCCGGGAUAAUUUUAUAUGGCAGCAAUACCAAGAGAAAAGGGCAAACCAUGGAGACGGUAGGAUGACCCUGCAGGAAACACCGGAAGUCCAACAGGACGGUCUGAGUUCACCACAUGCUUCGCAAAGCAGUAUGGCAGGGGACACACGUAAGAAACAACGUCAACAGAAGAAUGACGAGGAGGACAUCGAUCAGGUAGGGUCCAUGCCAUAUUGUCACGGAAGAUGUGGCAUCGUAGAGGUCCUCCCAACAAUCAUGGAGAAAGAAUCUCCUACGGCUAGCUCGUCACAAAGGUCAUUCGUUGCCCUGUCCGGCUCAGAUGACUGUCUCCAGCCCAAAAACGCAUUGAUUACGGUAAAAAAGGGAGCAAACACAUCGGCUUUGGCGAAAUGUUCUUUGUGCGAACGAUUCGGAUCAAACAGUCAGAUCAUAUUCUCAAUAGAUAAUGUAAAAUAUACAUUUUCUAAAAACGGACAAAAUCGACUUGAGCCGUAUACUGGCAGGAGUAGCGUCAAGGAAAAGAAACUUGCCAAUACAAAUGACAAUAAAACGGAGCCUCAUCCGGAAAAGUCAAAUAGCAUUAAUUCUAGUGCCGGCCCGUAUGUACGUUAUGAACAUAAGGGUAUCCACCUCCCUCCUAUAAACCCCCUUCCCGACAGCUCCUGUUCACCUCAUCAAAUGAAUCUCAAAAAGUCUAAACGUCCGCCAAGAGUUUCACUGCCUCCGUUAUUGCCCCAACACAUACCCUCGGACCGGAAGUUACGUCUUUCCGAUCUUUGUCGUGAAGACGACAGGAAACUUCCGCCUAUACCUGGCCAUAUCAUAUUGAAAAGGAAAAAGACAAAAUUUCACACUCAAAGGGGGGCAAUACCGAGAGCUCCUACAAAUUUGUUAACUGGGUGUAAACUCCCGCCACUGAAGUUACAGGAAGUUUAUGGCCGCGGCAAACCCAGCAGACGACAUAAGUACCAAGGGUUCCAGUCUCCCCUAAACGAAAGUAUCAGAAACAACAGCAGGUGUGACGAAACAGAGAUGGCUAAUGAAAUAUGUGAUAAAGGGAAACUUAGCAUGGCGACCGAGGUAAAUCGGAUUGUUGAAAACAAUGAAGAACCCGUUCGUCUCUUGGUGAAGAUUCCCAUGAUGGAAGCUCCGGUUCUAGACAACCCUAGAACUCCUAGAAAACGGAGAACGUCGAAAGGUUCCAAAACAGGAAACCAUGAUUAUAAAGAACAUUUUUAUUAAAUGCGUUAAUGCACUUUUUAUUGUGAACUUUUAUCAGAUUCUUGAAUAAUCAUUUGAAGGGAAAACUGUACGAAGAAAAGAAUCGUGAAAUAUUAAUAAUCAGGAACAGGAAAUACAAAAAAUCUUAAUUAAAAGAACGUGUUUACACUAAAUUAUCAAACACAAAAUGAUGAGUUUACAGUCUGUUUUUCAAUGUAUCCCCGUGCUUUGUGCACGAAAAUAUGAUAUUUUAUAAAUGACAACAGGAAAUUAAAAGAUACCUGAA